CCGAUCGGCGGAUCAGUUUGACGGUUGUAGUGCAAAAGUGAAGAUCGGACGACGACGACGACGGACGACGGAGCAGACGACUCUAAGAAAACUGGUGGCGAACGACACACCGAACAGCAGUAGUGAUUAGUGCUUGCUAUUGCGUAUACGAAUAGUUUAGAAUCUAAUUAAUAGUGGAAGAAUACGGAAGCAUAGCUGGCUGGUCGGUGCAUUUUCUCAGCGGGGCAAUCUUAUCGGGGUGGAUAGUUUUCCCAAGUGGGAUAACGAGAGGUGUGUGUGCGAGAGUGAAUUGAGACCGACCGGCGGCGUUGGAGUGGAUCGAGAGAAGUUGCGGAGGAAUUUUUCAGUGGAUAAAGUGAGCAGGAGUUCUAGAGGAACGGAAGGCGAUUAGCAGCAGAAGCGGAACCAUGAGAUCAUUACUGUUAAUUGCGGCAGUGCUUGUCGCGGGAGCACUGUCCCUCGAAGCCGGUCAACGAUGUGAACCGGGAAGUACAUUCAAGAUGGACUGCAACACGUGCCGCUGCAGUGCCGACGGCAUGGUUGUAUCCUGUACGAGGAAGUUUUGCCUGCCGGAGCUGCAAGGUGAUGAUCCGAAGGUUCAGGAGCCUAGCGGUAACGCACAAUCGGAGGCUGCCGCUGUCGAAAAGGAGGAAGAGGAAGUGCAUACCAACGGUCAGGUGUGCACCCCCAAUGAGGUGAAGAUGGAGGACUGCAACCGCUGCAAGUGCGCUGCCAACGGUAUCGGAUGGUUCUGCACCCGUAAGGCUUGUCCACCACGGGAAAGGCGUGCCGUGCAACCGAAAAUGGAAUGCGAACCGGGAACCACCUUCAGGAGUGAUGAUGACUGCAACAGUUGCUUCUGUACGGAAACCGGCAUUGCUGCCUGUACGCAGAAGGCCUGCAUCAACUUCUCCUCCUUAAAGCCUAAGCGGGCCAUUGCUGCACAACCACCAAAACAGGACUGCGUUCCUGGGACGUCGUUCAAAAGCGCAGAUGGAUGCAAUGAUUGCUUCUGUACCGACACCGGCAUCGCUGCGUGCACAAUGAAGUUCUGUUUCAAUACCAAAACUAAGCGAGAUACAGCUAUGCAACCACCGAAGAAGGAUUGUGUCCCUGGAACGUCUUUCAAAAGCGCCGACGGAUGUAACGAUUGCUUCUGCACGGAAACGGGAAUCGCUGCGUGCACUAUGAAGUUCUGUUUCAAUACCAGGACAAAGCGAGACACUCCACCAGAGGAGAACUGUGUCCCUGGAACGACCUACAAACAUGCCGAUGGAUGUAACGACUGCACCUGUAUUCAACCGGGAAAAGCAAUAUGCACAAUUAAGCUUUGUCCUGAAACCAGUCUCAGGGCAAAGCGUUUGGCCGCGAAAUCGAUGGAGAAGCAGUGCGAACCGGGAACAUCCUUCAAGCACUCCGAUGGUUGCAACGAUUGCUUCUGUUCGGAUAAUGGAAUGGCUGCUUGCACGUUGAAGUUCUGCUUCUUUGAAGAGCCUACGACAAAAUCGAAGCGACAGGUCAACAACGAUGAACUGCCCGUGUCGGAGCUGGCGCCUGGUACUCCCGGAUUCACCUGCAAUCCCGGCAAGAGCUUCAAGUACCAAUGCAAUACCUGCCGGUGUGAUACAACUGGACAGACGGCGGCGUGUACAUUCAAGUUCUGUAUUCCGGGAGAGUACUGAUCUGCGCUGGACGGGGGUGAGGGCAGCGCUGCACAACAGUGCUAAUCCCGUACUUUAAGAUGAUUUAUUACGAUUGUUAAGAUACUUCUUUGUUGUGCAGUUUUGUGUAAAGCAGUAGCUCUCUAGAGCAGCAGAGAACACCCAAUAAAGUUUAGUUUUGUUACAACUCA